CCGCCUUCUAUCUAUAUAUCCCCCCCUCCCUCCUUUUUCUCCUCCUCGCCACCGCUCGCCGGCGCCGGAGACCACCACCACCACCUCACCUCACCCACCUCUGCUUCUUCUUCUUCUUCUUCCCCGUGGUGUGGUGUGGUGGUGAAUUGUUGUUCUGUUCCCUUCAUUUUUCGUUGAUUCGUGAGCGCGGCGACGUACGUACGGUGGUAAGCAUCGUCGUGGAUUCGUCUCCGGCGACGGGGGGGAGUGGGUAGGGUAGGGAUGUUCGUCAAGGACUGGGACUGAGGUGAUCGGCUAAAUGUACCGCCAGAACGAGUCGGCCCUCUCCUGCUUCUACCUCUUCCUCCUCUGGUUCUUCUUCUUGAAAUAGACUCCACGCCGCGCCAAUUCCCAGCCCGAGCGGGAGCCAGCUGCUCAAUCCGUCGUUGAGAUUGGUUGCGGUUUGCUCUAGCUUGUGAACUCGGCGGAGAUUUUUGGUUUUUUGUUUUGGUUUUGGGUUUGGUUGGGUGAGUGGUCGAUCGAUCGGAAGGUGUUCGAUCGAUUGCUUGCCUGCUUUGUGAUGGAGUUGGAUCUGAACAACGUGGCGGAAGGGGUGGUGGAGAAGCAUGAGACGGCGGCGAGGAGCGACUCCGGCACGUCGGAGUCGUCGGUGCUCAACGGGGAGGCGUCUGGCGCGGCCAUCGCGCCGGCGGAAGAGGGGUCGAGCUCGACGCCGCCGUCGCCGCCGCCGCCUCCCGCGGCGGUGCUCGAGUUCAGCAUCCUGAGGAGCUCGGCGUCGGCGUCGGGCGAGAACGACGCCGACGACGACGAGGAGGAGGAGGCCACCCCCUCGCCGCCGCCGCACCACCAACACCAGCAGCUGCUCGUCACCCGGGAGCUAUUCCCUUCCGCCGCUCCCUCGCCGCAGCAUUGGGCGGAGCUCGGCUUCCUCCGCCCCGACCCACCGCGCCCACACCCAGACAUCAGAAUCCUCGCCCACGCGCCUCCCCCGGCGCCACCGCCGCCGCCGCCGCAGCCGCAGCCUCAGGCGGCCAAGAAAAGCCGCCGCGGGCCGCGCUCUCGCAGCUCGCAAUACCGCGGCGUCACCUUCUACCGCCGCACCGGCCGCUGGGAAUCCCACAUCUGGGAUUGCGGCAAGCAAGUCUACCUAGGUGGAUUCGACACUGCUCACGCAGCUGCAAGGGCGUACGACAGGGCGGCGAUCAAGUUCAGGGGAGUAGAGGCUGACAUCAACUUCAACCUGAGCGACUACGAGGAGGACAUGAGGCAGAUGAAGAGCUUGUCCAAGGAGGAGUUCGUGCACGUUCUCCGGCGACAGAGCACCGGCUUCUCCCGCGGCAGCUCAAAGUACAGGGGUGUCACCCUCCACAAGUGCGGCCGCUGGGAGGCUCGCAUGGGCCAAUUCCUUGGCAAGAAGUACAUAUAUCUUGGGCUAUUCGACAGCGAAGUAGAGGCUGCAAGGGCUUAUGAUAAGGCUGCGAUCAAAUGCAAUGGCAGAGAAGCCGUCACCAACUUCGAGCCCAGCACAUAUGAUGGUGAGCUGCCUACUGAUGCUGCUGCUCAAGGAGCCGAUGUGGAUCUGAACCUGAGAAUAUCUCAGCCUGCAGCCUCACAGCAGAGCCCCAAGAGGGAUAGCGGCUCCCUUGGCCUGCAAAUCCACCAUGGAUCAUUUGAAGGUUCUGAAUUCAAGAGAGCAAAGAAUGAUGCAGCUCCCUCUGAACUUGCUAGCCGCCCUCAUCGGUUCCCUCUUCUGACCGAGCAUCCGCCAAUCUGGACUGCCCAACCUCAUCCCCUAUUCCCAAAUAAUGAGGAUGCAUCCAGAUCAUCGGAUCAGAAGAGGAAGCCAUCAGAGGGGGUAGCUGUUCCAAGCUGGGCAUGGAAGCAGGUGAGCCAUCAUCACCCUGCUCCUCCUCACACGCUGCCAUUGCCCUUCUUCUCCUCCUCCUCGUCGUCGCCGUCGUCGUCCUCCGCUGCAGCAUCAUCAGGAUUCUCCAAAGCCGCCACGACAGCAGCUGCUGCCCAACACACUGCCACCCUCCGGUUCGACCCGACGGCGCCGUCGUCUUCGUCGUCAAGCCGCCAUCACCACCACCAUUGAUAAAAAGGAAAGAAGCCAUCACCACCACUGUAAAUUUUGCCGGGAAGCCGGCAAAUUUUUUUUUUUCUUGGCCGUCGCCGGCGUUUCAACGUUUUCGUCUUUGCGCCGGCGGGCCGGCCGGGUGGUUUCUUGUAGUGAUUAGUUAAUUGGGAUUCAUGACUGUAUUUGCAUCCACACAUAAAACGCCCAAAAAAUGUUCCAAAUGCUCCUAGUCUCUUUGCCCCCUGAUCUCAGAGAACAGAUCAUACUAACCUGAGAUGUAUUGAUCCACACACCUUGUUGUAGAGAAUUUGUUAUAUCAGUUACUGAGAUUACUAAACAGUACAGGCA